AUGACAGGAAUAUUCUGGGUUCGGGCUGUCACAUUCAUUUCCCUCCUAACCCUCAGUUGUGCGCCAGAUUCCGCUUUGGGGCCGGGCGUCCUGCUGCGCACGCCCCAUCAUAACGAGGCAGUAACGAGACAAAUUAGGCGCCGAGGCCAUCCCCCCGAGCCCCUCGCCUUGGCUGACCUGGCUCCAUCCCCCCCGGGGCCCCUGGUCCCUCUUCUUGUCACCGGGUCUCAGGGCUACCAGCCGUCAUCACCCCAGCGGCCGGGAAUGAAGAAGCAUCUUCCCAGGCGACCGGCAGAGCAGUGGGGGAAGACCAAGAGAAAGCAAAGCCUCUGCCCCGAGCUGUGCCCGGCGCGGGCACCCCACCCCGAGCUGUGCCCGGCACAGGCACCCCACGGCCAGCUCGCUGGCGCCCACUGCCUGCUGCUGUCAACGUUCAUUCACGGCCCGGUGGAGCCCCGGCAAGACCCAGUGCUGCAUCAGGGUUGCAUCGUGACGGUAACAAGUGCAACGGGCAAUGAGCAUACCUGUGGUGGAACACGGCUGCAGCCUGUCCAGCACACGCCCUGCGGGAGCAGAAGGGCCCCCUCUAGAACAGGGCUGCGGCCCAGCCGCACUCGUGAGCUCCUUGUGUAG